CCCAGUCAGUCCGCCUCACAUCUACCCCACUCCCCAGAUCGACGUAGGUACUGAGUUUCCACGUGCAAAGCCCUAUCUCUCCUCCAACCGUACAUCCAGCCAGUAGCUGAUCCGUCACGCAACAUGGCCACGAGCAACCAUUGUUUUCUCCGCGUGCACGAACUCGUAGGAGUAGACUGCCGCACUGCUUGCUGCUCAGUGAAAACAACACCACAACAAGCCAUCAUCUCUACGCAAGAGUGCAUUGCACCUACCAUUUUUUCAAGAAACCCUUUCAGCAAUGUAUCUAAACAAGUCGAGCACCAGUCUAGCAGCCAACCAAUCACCAAACCAACCAAUCAACAACCCGUCAAAAUAACCAACCGCGCCAACAAACCCAACCAAUCACUCCCUCCCACACACGUAACCACAGCAAUCCGCCCGACCACCCACGCGCCCCCCAUCACGAAAACAAAAACACACCACCAGCACACACGCACACACACAAGCACCAGCAGCAACCGACACCUUUAGCCAGCCCAGCCAAGCCAAGCCAGCCAGCCAGCCGGCCAGCCCCCGCACCCCCUC